AUGAUGAUGCGCGGAGCACCUCUCACCCAGCGGUUUGGUCGCUUGACAUUUCGCUCUGUUUUACCGACUGUCUCGUACAAUAAUGGCGCCCGGGUAUUCUCAACUACCCAGCCUGACAUGCACUUCACUCCCCCGCGCGGAGCAAGUCCAAUGCCGUUCAUAACCGAGACUGUGGCUGGAGGUUGGCACACUUACGACAUAUUCUCCAAACUCCUCAAAGAACGCAUCGUCUGCCUAAACGGUGAAGUAGACCAAAUGAUGUCUUCCUCAAUCGUCGCCCAACUCCUCUUCCUCGAAGCCGACAACCCCAAAAAACCAAUCCACCUCUACAUCAAUUCCCCCGGCGGCUCCGUCACAGCUGGCCUAGCAAUCUACGACACAAUGACCUAUAUCUCCGCCCCCGUAAGCACAAUCUGCAUCGGCCAAGCAGCAUCAAUGGGCUCUCUCCUCCUUGCAGCCGGUGCACCUGGAAAACGCUUCUCCCUCCCACACUCAUCUAUCAUGAUCCAUCAGCCUUCGGGUGGAUAUCAUGGACAAGCAACUGAUAUUGCGAUUCAUGCGAAGGAGAUUCUUCGGAUCCGGAGCCAGCUUAAUAAGAUUUAUAUGGAUCAUUUGAAUGGGCCGAAGAAGAUGAGUUUGGAUGAUAUUGAGAAGUUGAUGGAGAGGGAUUAUUUUAUGGGGGCUGAUGAGGCGAAGGAGAUGGGGAUUAUUGAUGAGAUUCUUACGAGGAGGACGAAGGAUGCGGAUUCUAAGGUUUGA